UGUGGCGGUUCUUCCCGGCCAGUAAUCCGAUUGGACAGAUAGGCGCUUUCACGGCAGCUCAGCCCCGCUGCCUGUGUGUGGCAACCGGGCUAAACUGGACAAGAAAUGGAAGAGAGCGCCAUGUUUUGAACAAGCUCCUUGUUUUUUAGGCGCGGUGAUUUUUUGGAGGUAUAUUCCCCAUCCGCUCUGUGGAUUUACGGCGGACACAUUCCUGGGAGGUUCGCGGCUCGAAGGAUAAAAAGUAGUAUUUUUUUUUUUGUGUGUGUGUGUUCGAGCACCGACCGCCGCCACCGCCGUGUUCUUUUCGCCCCGCCGCUGCACUCGCGGUGCGGCUCCGGAGAAAUGGUGCUCCUCUACCACCUCAUUUGUACGGAUUAAAACGCCUGCUUUCUCUGCUUCGGCUAUUCACGACCUCUCCUGCACCAACAAGCCCCCUUGCCUGCUCAUUUUCUCUACCAUUUUGUCAAAGGACCUGCAGAAAUAAACAAAGGGUUCAUUUUUUCCCCCCAAGAUGUAUCCACAAGGCCGACAUCCGGCUCCCCACCAGCCCGGCCAGCCCGGCUUCAAAUUCACCGUAGCCGAGUCUUGUGACAGAAUUAAAGACGAAUUCCAGUUCCUGCAAGCCCAGUAUCACAGUCUUAAGGUGGAGUAUGACAAGCUGGCCAAUGAGAAGACAGAGAUGCAGCGCCACUAUGUUAUGUAUUAUGAGAUGUCUUAUGGGCUCAACAUUGAGAUGCACAAACAGACGGAGAUUGCCAAACGGCUCAACGCUAUUUUAGCACAAAUUAUGCCUUUCCUGUCACAAGAGCACCAACAGCAGGUUGCUCAGGCAGUGGAGCGGGCAAAGCAGGUCACUAUGACUGAGCUAAAUGCUAUCAUCGGGGUACGUGGACUUCCCAAUCUGCCACUCACCCAGCAGCAGCUACAGGCGCAGCACCUCUCCCACGCUGCUCACGGCCCUCCAGUCCAGCUGCCUCCGCAUCCCUCCGGUCUGCAGCCGCCUGGCAUCCCUCCCGUCACGGGCGCGGGAUCGGGCCUGCUCGCGCUUGGAGCUCUGGGCAGCCAAACCCACCUCCCAGUGAAGGAUGAGAAGAACCACCACGAUCUGGAACACAGAGCUGAGAGCACGAAUAACUCAAUAUCGCCGUCAGAAAGCUUACGCACAGCCAGCGAGAAACACCGCAGCUCCUCUGACUACAGUUUGGACUCCAAAAAGCGCAAAGUGGAGGAGAAGGACAGCAUGAGCAGAUAUGACAGCGACGGAGAGAAAAGUGACGACCUUGUGGUAGAUGUGUCUAAUGAGGAUCCUGCCACGCCUCGAGCCAGCCCAGCACACUCGCCGCCUGAAAAUGGCAUUGAUAAGCCCCGGCCCCCGAAGAAGGACACGCCCAACAGCCCAGCAUCGGUAGCGUCUUCUGGAAGUACCCCAUCUUCCAAGGCCAAGGAGCUCAAUCAUAAUGACAAAUCCUCAACGCCUGGCCUCAAGUCCAACACACCUACCCCACGCAACGAUGCCCCCACCCCUGGCACCAGCUCCACGCCUGGGCUCAGACCCAUCCUUGGAAAACCACCAGGCAUGGAAGCUCUCGCAGCACCAGCCCUGCGUACACCUCUGUCCAUCGCAGGCUCCUACCCCACGCCCUUUGCAAUGAUGGGCCAUCAUGACAUGAAUGGAGGCCUGACUAGUCCCGGUGUCUAUGCUGGUCUGCACAUUUCCCCUCAGAUGAGUGCUGCGGCUGCUGCAGCCUAUGGACGUGCCCCCAUGGGGUUUGAUCCUCACACUCACAUGAGAGCCCCUGGCCUUCCAGCAAGCCUCACGUCCAUCUCGGGAGGUAAACCGGCUUACUCUUUCCACGUGAGCGCAGACGGCCAGAUGCAGCCUGUGCCUUUCCCACCCGACGCCCUGAUAGGCCCCGGCAUCCCACGCCACGCCCGUCAGAUCAACACACUGAGUCACGGAGAGGUGGUGUGUGCAGUAACCAUUAGCAACCCCACACGCCACGUCUACACUGGCGGCAAAGGUUGUGUCAAAAUAUGGGAUAUUAGCCAACCUGGCAGCAAGAGUCCCGUGUCCCAACUAGACUGUCUGAACAGGGAUAACUACAUCCGCUCCUGUAAGCUGCUGCCUGAUGGCCGCACAUUGAUUGUGGGAGGCGAGGCCAGCACGCUGACCAUCUGGGAUCUGGCCUCUCAGACGCCCCGCAUCAAAGCUGAGCUCACCUCUUCGGCCCCAGCGUGCUACGCCUUGGCCAUCAGUCCCGAUGCCAAAGUCUGCUUCUCCUGCUGCAGCGAUGGAAACAUUGCUGUGUGGGACCUCCACAACCAAACUCUUGUCAGGCAGUUCCAGGGUCACACAGACGGUGCAAGCUGCAUUGACAUAUCGCAUGAUGGCACUAAACUGUGGACAGGCGGGCUUGACAACACUGUUCGCUCCUGGGAUCUUAGAGAGGGUCGACAGCUGCAGCAGCACGACUUCACAUCACAGAUCUUCUCACUGGGCUACUGUCCGACUGGCGAGUGGCUAGCUGUGGGCAUGGAGAGCAGCAACGUGGAAGUGCUGCACCACUCCAAACCAGACAAGUAUCAGCUGCACCUCCACGAGAGCUGUGUUCUCUCGCUCAAGUUUGCCUACUGUGGAAAAUGGUUCGUAAGCACUGGGAAGGAUAACCUGUUGAAUGCUUGGAGGACUCCCUAUGGAGCCAGCAUAUUCCAGUCCAAGGAAUCCUCAUCCGUCCUGAGCUGUGACAUCUCCACGGAUGACAAGUACAUCGUGACGGGCUCUGGUGACAAGAAGGCCACAGUGUACGAAGUGAUCUACUAAGAACGGAGCGUCGUCUCCUUUCCACGCCACCUCACAGACAGCAUGGAUGUUGCCUGCAGCUCAGAGACGGAAAGCCAGGAUGUUUGGCAGUGCCAGACUGAGGUGGAUGUUUUCUUUUGGCCCCCGGAUGUUGUAACCUCCAGUUCUGCACUUCCUCACUCAUCCAACUACUUGUACAGCAAGAUCUGCUCCCAAAGGCACUAAGAAGGAAACCAUGUCUUGCUGUUUUGUUUUUUUUCCCCGUUUGUUGGAUUUUUAUCUAUUUUUAUUUUUUUUCCAAAAUCGUCCUUUCUGAUGUGGAAGUAAAGUUCCAUGACACAACUCGAAGCGGUGCUUCGCUGUGGAGUUUCUCCUUGGAGGUCCUGUGAAAAGUGUACAUAUUGGAGUUAAAAAAAAAGACCUUUUAUAGAUUUAUAUUUUGGUGUCCAAUUACACUUGUGUUGGUUCUUUCAUGUUCCCUGUGAUUUUCUGUCCCCUCUGGGAAUGUAAAUUAGAUUACAACUUUGUAAGAGGAUACCCUCUUUCCUUUUUACCCCCCUCCUCAGCUUUUUCACAUUGGUUGUGCCUGAUGACCUUUUCAGAAAUCCAAUUUGGAUCUCCCCCUCCUGCCUCGUCUCCCUGAAAACAGCCUUUUUCCCUUUCACUGGAAUUUGCUUUAACACAGAACACAGAUACUUGACCCGUGGAUUUCAGCAGUGGAUAACUCUUAAAAUGCUUGACAAGGAGGAAAAUGGCGGUCUCUGACUCAACAACUUAAUGAAGACCUUACCCUGGAACCCUGGCUGCUUUCACUGACAUUAAAAUGAAUUUUCAUCUACUGAAAGACCGAUGGCUUUUACGGAGAAUCGGCUGUGACAUGAUUUCAACCUGUUGAUGUGACGCUUCCUUGCCUGGUUGGACAAAGUAAUCAGUCUCAAUGGCCUCGUUUUUUUUGAAUGAUUUGCAAGUCUCAUGGUGGCAGCCAUCAGCACAUAUGACUUUGGGAUGGGCUCCGUAUGCUUUUCCUCUGUAUUUCAAAAUAUUCCCUUUCAGCCCACUCGUGGAGAACGGUCUCUGGGAGAACCCAUUCGACGUGUAGUCAUCCUUGAAGAUUGUACAGUUGGCAGUUGUUGAUGACUCAAUAAACUGUUUUAUAUAUAAAAAUGAACACAUCGGUCGCUUGUACUGCUGUGUGAAUAAAUGUGGGAAGUUUU